AUAUUAUUAUGAAAAUCCUGAAAUUCUGACAAGUUUUCAAAUUGAUGAAAUCAAAAAACUCAGUUUUGCACGAAUAAUUUGCGAUGCAGGUGAAAAUAUCCGACAGAUACCGUUAGAAGCAUUCAAUCAAAGCAGAGUAUUUGACCUCGUAUCAUGCGACAGGAUAUCGUCCCCUAAUUGGAAUCUUUGGAAGGAUGAUCAGAAAUAA